UGCCGUGGCAGCGCGGCCCCGGGGGAGGACGGCGGGCUGCCAGCCGGGCCGGGCGAGCUGACGCGGGGAGGCGGCGAGCGGGGAGGCGGCGAGCGGGGAGCCCGCGGCCCGGCCGGAGGCGGGGAUGCGGGACCGGCUGCCUGACCUGACGGCGUGUAGGAAAAAUGAUGAUGGAGACACAAUUGUGGUUGAAAGGGACCAUUUUAUGGAUGAUUUCUUCCAUCAGGUUGAAGAGAUUAGAAACAGCAUCGCGAAAAUAGCGCAGGACGUUGAAGCUGUGAAGAAGGACCACAGCGUCGUCCUGUCAGCUCCAAACCCGGAAGGAAAGGUAAAAGAAGAGCUUGAAGAUCUGAACAGAGAAAUCAAGAAAACUGCUAAUAAAGUUCGGGCCAAGUUAAAGUCCAUUGGACAGAGCCUUGACCAGGAUGAGAGCGGGAACCGGACGUCUGUGGAUCUGCGCAUACGAAGAGCCCAGCACUCGGUGCUGUCUCGCAAGUUCGUGGAGGUCAUGACCGAGUACAACGAAGCCCAGACUGUGUUUCGGGAGCGAAGCAAGGGGCGCAUACAGCGGCAGCUGGAGAUCACUGGACGGACGACCACUGAUGAGGAGCUGGAGGAGAUGCUGGAGAGCGGGAAGCCUUCCGUCUUCAUCUCCGAUAUAAUCUCAGAUUCCCAGAUUACCAGGCAAGCUCUCAACGAGAUUGAGUCACGCCACAACGACAUCAGGAAGCUGGAGACCAGCAUCCGGGAGCUGCACGAGAUGUUCAUGGACAUGGCCAUGUUCGUGGAGACGCAGGGUGAGAUGACCAACAACAUAGAGAGAAAUGUCGUGAGCGCUGCGGACUACGUGGAGCACGCCAAAGAGGAAACCAAAAAAGCCAUUAAAUACCAGAGCAAAGCCCGGAGGAAAAUGAUGUUCAUGAUUAUUUGUGUGAUUGUUUUGCUUGUGAUCCUUGGGAUUAUCCUAGCAGCCACGUUGUCCUAGCAACCGUAGUCCAAGAGCCGCUUAUCCCUGGAGACGUAGUGUACAGUGCAGCACAGCUCACAUCCUGCUGUUUCCUGGAGGCCUCCUGCCUGC